UAGGGUUUUCCUCCCCUCCCCUUCUUUAUUCUAUUCUCUCCUCCUCCUUUAUUUUCCCUCUCUUCUUUUAGCUUUUUUUAUUGAUCCAAGAAUAUCAGGCUUCGAUCAUAAUCAAUCCCAUUCCUUUUCACUUUUGCUAGCUAGAUUUUUUCUGCUCAUCAUCGAAUCGAACUCUAAUCUUUAACGUUAUAUAUACUCACAUAUAAGGGCAAGUUCAUGCAUAUGUGAUCUCUCUGUGUAUGUGAAUCAUAAGAAUCAAUAGCAGAAAGUUAGCUAAAGUGGAUCGAGAUCAUGGAAAGAGAUCAGGUUCUUGCGAAGAAGCGCAAGAGAAAGAGGAGGAUCACUUGUUCCCAAUUUACUCUGAUCGUUCUCAGCAAGAUAUGUCCGCCAUGGUUUCUGCCCUUGCUCAGGUCAUCGGGGCUUCCCCUAAUGCUUAUCAGGAUCCUUUAACUGAGUCGACUCAGCCCACUUCUGAGCCUAAUAACACUCAACAAUAUCUUCAAGCACUUCAACAUCAUCAAGAGAGCACAAGGAAGAGACACUACAGAGGGGUAAGACAAAGGCCAUGGGGGAAGUGGGCGGCUGAGAUUCGUGAUCCCAAGAAAGCCGCCAGAGUUUGGCUCGGAACCUUCGACACUGCAGAGGCCGCCGCCCUUGCUUACGACGAAGCCGCCCUCAGAUUCAAAGGAAGCAAAGCUAAGCUCAACUUCCCUGAGAGAGCUCAACUUCAGCCAUCACCGUCCAUGACGACGACGUCGUUUCCUUCAUCCUCAGGUGAAUUUUCUUUCCUCACAAAUCCUCCUCCUCGUCAACCACCACAUGUUAAUGUUCCACUCGCCCUUGCUCCUCCCACCGCUGUACCCUUCUCUCCACAACAACCUUAUUAUCAUAAUUAUUAUCAAUAUCCUCAACAUCUUCUGGCAAGUUCUGGUUCGAGUCACAAUAUGUUUUAUAAUUCUCCUCAACAACAACAACAACCUUAUACGGCUCUGUCUUCCUCGUCUUCAUCGUCCGGAAUGUCCCACCAACAACAAGAACAAGAAGACCUUCUCACGUCUUCGAUGCAAUUUGGCGGUCCCAGCUCGUCCUCUAGUUCUCAUCCUCCUUCCAAUUGGCCAUAUCAUGAAUUUGAUGGUCAACGUUGACGAAUUAUUGGAUGCUCAUAUAUUUAGGUUCAGUUUUUAUAUAUUUACAAUCAGAUUUUGUAAUAUAUCCCAUGACAGAGAGUCGAAAACAAGAAUUUGGAUUCCUCUCUGUCGUAAGUUAUCCCAAGAAAAAAAAAAUCUGAUGGUAAAUAUUUAAAAAUUUUACCUAAAUUCAAUCUACAAUGUAUAAGCAUGCGUGUUGUCCUUUACAACUUUUUGUUAUUUUAAUUUGUGUGUUAAGUCAUUUGGUUUGAUGUUAUGGUUAUUUCUGUUUGAUGGUUACAUCUCAAGUUGAUUAUCGAUCAAUAUAUCUCCAUUUUCCAAUGAAUUA